CUUCUCCCCCACCAAAAAUGAAUUCUGGGUUUUUAUUUCGGUAUCCCCCUCUUGUUAUUUUCUUCAUAACAAUCUUGGUUUUCGUCCAAAUUCCUGUGUUCUUAUGCUAUGAUUUGUAUGCGAGUUGUAACAAUAAGUACCACUGCGGGGACAUCGCUAACGUUGAUUAUCCGUUCUGGGGAGCAGGCCGAGUGCGUGGUUGUGGCAAACCAGAUUUGUUUCUCAAUUGUACUCGUAACAUCACUUUGAUUGAAAUGAGGAACGUAACAUACCGCGUUUUGAGUGUCAACAUGACCACCAGAAGCCUCAAAAUUGCCAGAGAGGACUACUACUCGGGUGGAAUUUGUUCACCAAAGUUCGUGAAUACCACCCUUGAUUCCAAUUUUUUUGUUUACAGCUCUGGCUACGCAAAUAUUAUGCUCGUCUAUGGCUGUCUUCCUUCAACCACGCCCAAAUUGUUUAGUUGUCAAGGAAUUGGGAGUGUCUAUAUUGCAGCGGAAGUUAAUGAUCCUGGUAUAUGUAAGGGUCCAACUGUUUUCGUUCCAGUUCCUGGAACCCCUACAAUGAUUGGAGAUAUUUGGAAUGUGUCCAAAAUGGAAGAAGUGCUGAGAGAGGGAUUUGAGGUGAAUUGGGAAGAGGAUAAGUCUUGUAGUGACUGUAUUCAAUCCAAUGGAGUUUGUGGUAAUGACGAUACGAAUCAAACUACUUGCUUCUCCGCACCACCUACCGAAGCCCCCCAAAAGCCUCAAGGUACGUACAAAUUCCCUUGCCAGCAAAAAUUGGUUCUAAUUAAUGUUGUAUCUUCAGUCUUCACACAUUAUUUUCACAACCCAGACCACCAUCAUAUAAUUUUUAAACCAUUACCAGACUAGUAACAAGCCAAUGACCGAAAUCUUUCUACAUCUAGUCCACCAAAU